AUGAAGUAUAUUUUUCUUUUGCUCAGUGCUCUUGUUUACUAUGCGAAUAUCGAGUUCGUGCGCAACAGUGGCAUCCGCGUUCUCAUUCGAGAUGCUAUUAUAUCCAAGAGUCUUCCUGGCUCCAGCUAUGCUUUGAAAACAGUAUUCACUGGAAUUGCGCGAGUUGAUCGUGAACUCAUGAUCCUUACUUCGUUUUUCUAUCCUGCGGUAGAUGGGCAAAAUGCGACGCUGCUGCUGCAUACAGUAGGGUUUUCCGGAUCAUUCGGGUCAGCAUGGGCUCUUGUGACUAUGGAAGCUUGGAGAAGUGGAAAUCGGUGGAAAAUAAUUACUGUUCCUAUGAUAUUUGGCGUCAUGGCACAGCUCAAGACCUUCGCCCUGUGGGGUCCCCUGUAUUGUGGUCUUCAUCUAGCGACCUCCAUCACCGCCACACAACCCACCGUACAGAACAUUCGGAUUCCACGCAUCAUCCGACUGGCUAUUCCAAUUGCCUAUGCAAUUGGCUAUGUGAUUCCUUCAAUUCUAAUGGUCCUACCCGCACCAAAUGUGAUCAGUACGGACCAGAAGCAGAUUUUCAUUGCUGUUUGGCAGGCAUGGGCGAUAUCUGUUGGGACCAUGACUACACUGGCCUUCUAUCUUCUGGGCCCAUGGAUUCGAGAUGAUAUUUCCACCGACCAUCGCGGUGUCUACGCUUUUGCCUUCGUGUAUGCCGCCGUAGCGCAUCUUAUCUCGUGGACUAUUUCCUUAGCAACUGUUGUGGCACCGGCACUAUUUCACGAUCGGUACGUGCAGGCUUUGCACCCGUCGAAGGUUUUCCUUUUGCCUUCGCCUUGGAACUCCGCGGUUUUCCCAGUCGAGGAUGUCAGUGUCGCAGCGCAUCAUUUCCUGAGGUGGGAUUGUCUGAUUGGGUCGGCUUGUAUGCAGAUCUGGGCGGUAACUCUAUAUGUGAGGGCAUGUAAGAUUGGUGGUGAACCAGUCAAUUGGAGUGUUUUCGGGGCCAAGAUUGUUUUGUUGACCAUUUUGGCAGGGCCUAUUGGGUCAGCAGUGGCAUUGAUGUGGGAGAGAGAUAAUCUCGUCUGCUACGGUAGAACGGGCGUUAUGGGCCAGGAAAGUGGCCCCAAGAAGAUCCAGUAG